GAGAAAAGCACAGGGAGAGGGGAUUGGCUGCUGGAAGCUGUAGCGUCACUGAGGGAAAGCUUGGAGGAUGCUCUGCAAAGCUGGGAGGUACUACAUUCGUUAAGAGUUUGUACGGAGACCCCAGCCUCCAUUAGCUACACUCCCACAACCCCGGAGAACCCUGCAGGACGAUUUUUCCACACCUAAGCUCUUGUUUACUCCUCUCCAGCCAUGAAUUACCUGCGCCGACGUCUCUCAGACAGCACCUUCAUCUCCAACCUGCCCAAUGGCUACAUGACAGAUCUUCAGAGGCCUGACCCAGCUCAGCCUCCUCCACCUGCUUCCUCCACCCCCGCCAAGUCUCCAACAAGCGGGCCAACACCUCCAGCUGCUUCCCCUGCUCCAGAGAGGAAACCUCAGCUUUCUCAGUCGACCGGUGCUGGCUUCUUCAGCUCCAUCACCAAUGUUGUAAAGCAGACAGCUGCCUCAGCAGGGCUCAUGGAGCAGACCCAAGUCACGACAUCCAAGAAGUUUAAGAUUCUCCUUGUGAUUGAUGAACCCCAGCAGGAGUGGGGGAAAUUGUUCAAAGGAAAGAAGAUACUUGAGGAUUAUGAUAUCAAAGUGGAACAGGCUGAAUUCAGUGAGAUGAACGUGGUUGCCCAUGCCAACGGUUCCUGCAGUGUGAAUAUGCAGGUCCUCAGAAAUGGCACCAAGGUUGUCAGGUCCUUUAAACCAGACUUUGUCCUCAUUCGUCAGCAUGCCUUCAGUAUGACCCAGAAUGAAGAUUUUCGCAACCUGGUCAUUGGUCUGCAGUAUGGGGGUGUCCCAAGCAUGAACUCUCUGGAAUCCAUCUAUAACCUCUGCGACAAGCCGUGGGCAUUUUCCCAGCUUAUCAACACCUACAGGAAGUUGGGACCUGAGAAGUUCCCUCUCAUUGAGCAGACCUUUUAUCCCAACUACAAGGAAAUGGUGAGCAUGCCUGCAUUUCCAGUUGUUGUGAAGAUUGGACAUGCCCACUCCGGUAUGGGAAAGGUGAAGGUGGACAACCACAGUAAGUUCCAAGACAUUGCCAGUGUUGUGGCUCUCACUCAGACCUACAGCACCACAGAGCCUCUCAUUGAUUCUAAGUAUGACAUCAGAAUCCAGAAGAUUGGUACCGACUACAAAGCUUACAUGAGAACAUCUAUAUCUGGCAACUGGAAAACCAACACAGGCUCUGCUAUGCUUGAGCAAGUUGCUAUGACUGACAGGUAUAAGCUGUGGGUGGACACCUCCUCUGAGAUUUUUGGAGGUCUGGACAUUUGCGCAGUUAAAGCUAUUCAUGGAAAAGAUGGCAAAGAUUACAUUACAGAGGUGGUUGGUUCUUCUAUGCCACUAGUUGGAGAGCACCAGGCUGAAGACAGGCAGCUUAUUGCUGAUUUGGUCUUAGCAAAAAUGACCCAAUUAGCUGAGAGAGAAGCUAAUGCUCCCCAGAGACCCACAACCAUACAACCAUCCCAGGGAACUGGCCAGAAAGGUGAGAUUACUGGUGAGAUCACUAAGAACGGUGCUGGCCGUCCACCUCAAGGUUGCCUGCAGUACAUUCUUGACUGUAACGGUGUUGCAGUGGCUCCAAAACCAGUCCAGGCCAACUGAGAGCCACAGAGGGAAAUGUCCUCUUAGAGUUUGGAUGGCAGGAUGCCCAUUAGCUGCGCUGACGUUUUGGUGAAUGCUGACAGCCACAAUCAGAUCUGGUUGUUGUGAUCUCGGUACAGCUUGGAGCUGACCCGGACUGUGUUUUUUCUUAACUCUAUGCAGUGUCAACAUGUACUGUCUACCUGUUCACCUGUUGGUUUGUGUGCUUGUAUAGGUCACUUGUGUUUCAGCAGCUGUGUGUUUUUUCUUUCUUUCCAUUGGGGCUGUUGUUGAUAAUAUAAGAGGAAAUUUGUGCCUACACUGAGUUCAGUGCUGCUCUGUGCUAACUUUCUAACCCAGCUAUGAAGCUUUCAUUUCUUCCUAACUCUGUGUCUUAACUUGAUUUACCAUAAGUUGGUGUGUACCUUUAGAUAUUAUUCAAACUGUAGGUAACCAUGCAGUUUGAACUUGUAUAUCUCAGUAUGUGUAAGAUAAAUGUGUGUGUAUGGUUGUAGUGGUGAAUAUUUUUGUAUUUAUACGGAUAGAUAUUUAUUUUUGUUUGUUUGCAUGACUGAAAGAAAGACUGGUAAAACCUUUAAACGUCUGAUGAUGUGCGAUGUUUAUCUAACAUGGCUGUUACAUCGCUGUGUAUAACUAAGCUGUGUUUCUUGUGAUUCUAUAUCGUGAAUGUGUAAUAACAGAUUCAUACUAAGAGUAUCAUGCAGUACUUUUAUCUUAAUUAAGCAUUAUUUCAUUCUAGAAUACUGUCCCUAUUAUAUUACUUAUAGUAGAAUCUAAAAAUAUGCCCAUAUCAUAAAAACUAAAAGUUUAUAGAAGAUUUUAUCUUGUAGAAAGUCGUACAGAUUCUAAACACAGAACUAAGCUAUAAUUGAAGAGUUUUAAACCAAAGAGAAUAUUUAGUGUUAGUCUUCGCAUUCCAGAAACCCAAAAUGUAAAUAAAAAUACUGGGACUGUUAAUCCUGCACAUGGGUGGGGCAGAUUAAUGGAUGACCAGUGGUACUGGAUAACAAUUACCUUUUCUAAUUGUUUGGUUCACAUUUGAUUCUGUAUCAAAGCACUUUUUUUCAGUUGUUCUGAGGCAAAAAAUAUUUCUAAAAUCAAAAUGUUUUAUGUGUGGAUACUGCCUAAAAUUGUUAAAUAUGAAGUCCUGGUGGUAAAAUUUACAUAUAAGCUUUUAGGAAGUGUUUUUUUAAACUGCACUAGAGUCCUUAUUCUGAUGUUUCGUGUCUUAUGUAGUUCUGCUGUGCUCAGAUUACUGCCAUUGCUGGGAGUUUAUGGAAAGUGCAAUAUUAUAUCUUAUUUCUCUGGAUUCCGUGAUAUUCUUACAGAUGCAUCUCAGUUUAUUAGAUUAUAAUCAGAAAUUGCAUUUAUUUCUUUAAUUCAAUUCAAAGAGGGAAACUUGUAUCGAUUCAUAGUUAAUACAUAAUUAUCCUGCUUUACACAUAUGAAAAACUAACAUUUAUUUACGUGUUUUUUUGUUUUGUUUUUGUAUUUUUGCCAUUUUGGUGCAGAAACAUGGCAGAGAGAGAUUACUUAACUGUGAUAAGUCACAAAAGCUCAUUACUAAAGAAGUUGUCUGUAUCCCAAUAUAUUAACAGAGGCUUCAAUGGAAAACAUUUAAUAGAAAAAAAAAGAUGCAUAAGCAACACCGAUAAUGGCAGCCUUCAGAGUUUAUUGUAAAGCAAGGUCUUUUUAAGAGAUCUGGGGACAUGCAUGAGGUGCAGCUAGGGUGCUUCAGGAGCAACUACACACAGAUUGAUCAAAAGUCAGAUGUUCCUGGUCUAAAAGAAUAAUUACUACAGUAUUGAAUUGAAUUAAAGAAAUAAAUCAAAAUAUUGAUAAUAAUUUAGACUGUUCAGAUGCAAAUGUAUGAUUAAAAUCAGAUCUUCCAUUAGAAUUAUUUCAAAAAGCGAUAAUCAGGAUCACAUUGAAUUACUUUUUAACAAGCGGCUUUUAUUUCUGGGGUCUUGUUCACGUGUUGUUGUCCGGUGGUUUAUUUACAAAGGCCAUCUAGCUUAUCUAAUAUCCUAAAUGGUCAAAGGCAACCAAACUGUAAAAAAGAAUCCAUUCAGCAAGAUCUGUGUGCCGUUCUUUUAUUUCAAACUGUAAUAAGUGCAAUUGUUUAUCUGUGAGUGUAUCCUUGUAAAAAGCCAUGCCUGAGGCUUUAUGGAUGUGUUGUUCUGUUUAUUAGGAAAUAUGCCAUGACAUUGAUGAGCGAAGAGACACAAGUCAUUGACGGCUAUGUUGUUUGCCCUUAGGCUACUGAAUAUAGCUGAACUUUGUCAUUUGGCCGUCGCGUUGAGGUGAUACUCCUGGCUGCAGACUGUACCUAAAACUGAAGAACUAUUAGAAGCAGUGCUGAGCUGUAAAAAUCAAGGUCUGGUUAAAAUUGAAAAAAGUGAAACAAUAAGGUGUUAACUAUUUAUGUCACUGGCAAUAAAGCUUCCUUUGCAAUACA